AUGAUCGAUCGCUUGAAAUUUAUUCAAUAUAUGACGAGGCGGAAACUCAGUCACCUCGGUUCUGAGAACCAGUUCAACGCAAUUGAGGCUGUUAUAGGAUUUUUUGUUACAAGGGGUUUAGGAACCCAAGGAACUGUUAUGUCUUUGGUCAAUGCGGUGGGGUUAGAAGCUAUCCAACGUGGAGCAGCGAUCUCGCUGGGAUACUCUAAUAGCACGGCUGGUAAUCCCGCAGCAUCGAAAUGGGCGACAUUCUUGGACCAACGGAAGACAGGAAAACUUGUUGACUGUGAUAUGCAUGACCGCGCUUGGUCAAUUGCCGAACAAACCGCGGUUAACUAUGGCAUGCAACUUGCAUCUUCGAGGCCUGACCUUAAGCCUCUAACUCAGUGGGAACAAAGGUGGCAUCAAUUUACAAAUGUCUUCCGUACAAUAAUGCAGCAUCGACAGACAUUGCUAUGGUUGAUCAAGAUGAUUUUCUCGACCGAUCCAAGUGUGCCUAUAGUUUUCGAGGCCUUCUUAAACUGGGUAACGGAUAUAACAGAGAUAAGCUCCAUAGGGCUCCUCUCGGAAGUUGCUUGGCAGUUGAGCCUUCUGGAGCUAUCCUGGAAGGGUGGAGAUCCGGCUGGAGAUGUGGCAGUGAUGCUGCAGAUGAUUUUUGAAUUUUGGAAAGCAUUUCAAGUGAAUGAAGGGCUGUUGUGA